UCUCGCACUAAAUACUUGGGUUUUCUCCCUCCACCUUGCCUUCCUUUUUGCUGCACCUUCCUCUCUCUCUCUCUCUCUCUCUCUCUCUCUCUCUCUCUCCAGCUAAGGGUUUGGUUAUGCCUCUCCACGCUUUUCCUUUGAUUUGCUCUCAGCCGAUAGGAGAAGUCUCAAAACUCUCAUUUUUGUAAUUUCGUCACUGCAGUUGCUUGGAUUCUGGAAAAACUGAUCAGAUCUGCUUCUGCUUCUGCCGCUGGAAAGAGGGCUCAGCCGAGGGCAAAAGAUACUGACUCCUCUGAGCAAAUCCCCCGCCAGAUCUCAGAGAGCAGCAUGCUUCAGGCUGCCACUAGAUUUUAGAGAUCUGAAGAGCUUGCAACAUGGAAAAAAAAAAUUGGUUCCGAUCAUUCUUCCUCGAACCCUAUCCCUAAUAUUGAACAUCAUGAGCAGGCCCUCGAGGGGCCAGCAGCCGUCCAUCGAUUGAAAUCAGAUCAAUCUAGCAGAUUUUUCCCCAAAAAAGUAAAUGAAAAAAAGUAUAUACCGUUCUCGGUGUAUGCAGUCGGGUAAUGGCAUCAUCAAGUUCUUCCUCCAACUCUCCUUGUGCUGCCUGCAAGUUCUUGAGGAGGAAGUGCAUGCCGGGCUGCAUCUUUGAACCCUACUUUCCCCCGGAGGAGCCGCAGAAGUUUGCCAAUGUCCACAAGGUAUUUGGGGCCAGCAACGUGACCAAGCUCCUCAACGAGCUGCUCCCUCACCAGCGGGAGGACGCCGUCAACUCUCUGGCCUACGAGGCGGAAGCCCGGGUUAAGGACCCCGUCUACGGCUGCGUCGGCGCUAUCUCCGUGCUCCAACGCCAGGUCCAGAGGCUCCAGAAAGAGCUUGAUGCUGCCAAUGCCGAACUCCUCCGUUAUGCCUGCAACGAGAUCCCCAUGGGGUUAACCGUUCCGCCAACUAUGGCGUCGCCGAUGAUGGACUACCCAAGAAUCGAGUACUGCAGGAGGACUGGCACUGAUGGAGGAAGUCCAUUAUGCCCGGCUCCUGCAUUGGCACUGCCCAGCCUUCCUCCGUGGUCUGGAAACGACUUUCCAGGAGAUCAUGAAAACAGCAAUCCUGUGGCGAUGCAGAUCACAGCAUGUGAACUCCAAAACGAUCACAAAGCAACCAACCUAAGCUCUUUACGGUAACUAUAGCAGUAUAUAUAUGUUGGUUUUUGAUCCUGAUUAUGUAUUGGAUUUAUGGCCAUGUCACGAUGCACAAUGAUUAGAGGGCACCGCCGUACCUUUGUUAGGGAACUUGCUACAUAUGUAAAUGCAGCCGUUAUCUUCUUCCGAAUAUUAUUAGAUGGCUGGAUCGGCUUUGGAUUU